AUGACCUUCAUCAUCAUCUUCAUCUGGACUCUCUUAUACUGCUUUAUACUACAAGAGUGUAGAGGACAGAUCACCGUCACUCAGAGUCCCUCAAUGACAGCAGCUCAACCAGGACAAACUGUGAACAUCAACUGUAAAACCAGCAGUAAUGUGUACAAGAAUAGUAAUGGGGAUUAUUUAGCCUGGUACUUACAGAAACCUGGAGAAGCUCCUAAACUCCUGAUUUAUAUUACAAACCUCCUCCAGUCAGGAACUCCAUCUAGAUUCAGUGGCAGUGGAUCUAACAGUGAUUUCACUCUGACCAUCAGCGAUAUCCGGGCGAAGAGCUGUGUGGACCACUUCCGGGAACUGCAGCCUCCUUCUGACAUCAACUCUCAUUUCCCAAGACGAGGGACAAGAGUACCUUGUUGUGGCACCACCUAUAGCGCCCUUGGGUUAAAGACGUUUUGCACCCUGACAGUGUCCCCAAUUGACCGCAGAGCUUGCAGUAGGGGUCGUCCCUCAGCCCCCAUGUGUGCAGAUGAGAUGGUGAAAAAUGUCUCCAGUGGACGCAGACUGGCCGCUCCGUGUGGCCUCACAGCUCACCGAGACGCUCUUCAUCCACUCCUCCUCAGAGAGAGUCAGGCUGCUGCUCCAGCUGUACAGACCGUCCUUCUCCAGGAGCCCAGCGCUGCUCUCCUGAGACCUGCUGCUCCCGUCCACCUUCAGCUCAGGCUCCAGUCUGACGGGAAGCCCUUGUUGGCCACACACACCAGUGUCGCUGUGUUCAGAGAGGAGUCAUCACUAGAUUCAUCACUGACACACACAACAAUCUUCAUCAACAUGACCUUCAUCAUCAUCUGGACGCUCUUAUACUGCUUUAUACUACAAGGCUGUAGAGCUCAGAUCACAGUGACUCAGACUCCUGCAAUGAAAACUGUUAAACCAGGAGAAACUGCUGAGAUGAGCUGUAAACUCAGUAGAAGUGCUGAUACCUGCAGCUCAGCAUACUGUGUGUCCUGGUACUUACAGAAACCUGGAGAAGCUCCUAAACUCCUGAUUUAUAGAACAAGCAGCCUCCAGUCAGGAACUCCAUCUAGAUUCAGUGGCAGUGGAUCUAACAGUGAUUUCACUCUGACCAUCAGUGGAGUCCAGACUGAAGAUGCUGGACAUUAUUACUGUCAGAGUUAUCACAGUGGUCCAGUGUUCACACAGUGA